UAUCUAAUGAUGAAUUAAUUGACCUGGAAAAACAUACAUACCAACAAGUGUAUUAUUGGGUGGCAAAAUUAUCAAAACAUCAAUUUGUUACUGAUACCAAAAAUCAGCUCAAGUCAUCCAAAAAUUUCCUUGAACAAUGUACACAAGUGGAUGGUGGUUAUAAAGUAAUUUAUUACCUCGAAACCGAUUUUGUAAGGGCUCUAGGGUUUACUACACCAUUUUUACAGCUUAUUGAGAGGAGUAACAUCAUUGAGCUUAUUGUCAAUUCAACUUUUAAGACAAAUCAAGAAUGCUUUGAACUUUUCACUGCCAUAGUCAAUAAUGGCAGAUAUGGCGUACUGCUGGCAUACCUGUACCUGGACAUGUUUGUUCCUUUAGAAGACCUGCUGGACAAUCAAAGUGAUAACAGGAUUCAAAAUCAUGAGGGUGUGCUUUGUGAAUUUUUUUUGGCUUUAUGGCAUGAGAAUGUAUUUCCAACAUUUGCCUUGGUUGAUAAAGACAUUGGUCAAAUUAAUGCAACAGAGGCUGCAUGGGAUGAGAGAAUGAUUGUGCAAAUCUGUCUUUGGCAUGUCGAGCAUGCAGUAGAAAGAAAAAUGUGA